AUGCAGGAACGUUUUUCAAAAUGGCUGGAGAUGCGUCCGUUACGUCGCGCCACCGCGCCUGCCGUUACGACGAACAUUGCCGAAGCAAUACUGUACCGACACGGAUGCCCCGAGGUAAUCCUGUCAGAUAAUGGGACGCAGCUCUGGUCUGCGAAACUUGAAAAAAUGCUAGCCGCACAUCACGUGCGGCAUGCAUAUACACCCGUGCACGCGCCACAUUGCAACCCGGUAGAACGAACAAACCGCGUAGUAAAGACAAUGGUAUCACAAUAUGUAGACCAAAAUCAUCGCAAUUGGGACGAGCGAAUACCAGAGUCGCAAUUCGCGUACAAUACGGCGCGGCACGAGGCAACCGGAUACACCCCUGCAUAUCUCGUCUACGGUCACGAGCCGGUAUCCCCUAUCAAUCGCGACGCCGCACCGAAAACCGCCGCACCGCCGCCCGACGAAAAGCGCCGACAUCUCGAGGAGGAGGCCUUCGAACUCGCGAGAAUACAUCUCGCACACGCGUUUCAGCGACAACAGAAGUACUAUAAUCUCCGACGACGAGCAUGGACACCAAAAAUUGGAGACUGGGUAUGGAAGCGUGAGUACCCACUCUCCAAUAAAGCCGCAGCAUUCAACGCAAAACUCGCGCCGAAAUUCAGAGGCCCCCUCGAGGUACGACGUAUAGUAUCCCCCGUAAUCGUGGACCUGCGCGAUAAGAGCGGCAAGUGGAUCCGACAUAUCCACGUACAAGACUUGAAAGCCGCGCCGGAAACCCCCCCUCCAGGCGACGAGACCGGGGAAGAAAAUGCCGAAACAGACAGCGAGAGCAACAGCGAAACCGACGCCGAAAACACCAGCGACCCCGACAACGACACCGAGGACAACAACGAGUAUUAA